AUGUUCUCCAUCAACCCCGAGUUCUACGAGCGGUGUAUGAAACCCACAAACACGAUCGCAAUGGGCAUGAAGACCAACCAUGCCUCCUCCAAAUGCUGGGAGGAGCAGGUGGAAAAGGAAAAACGAAUUGCCGAGCACUGGGAGGCGGAAUAUAAUGCAAACCAUCAAACGGAUAGGCAAGAAGCCAGCAAUGAGAUAAAAGGCAAUUCUAGCUCGCAUAGAACCCCACCCCUCAGCACCAUCCAGCGCGUUCUCGCGCAGGAAAGAGCGCUCAAAGAGCGCUACCUCAGCCCGGAGCGCAAUCCGGAGCUCUACACCCACCUCUACGAGCGCCCUCCGCCCUCCCUCACGGGGAUAACAAACCCAACCACAACCUCCUCCUCGCCUUCCCGCGAGGAGACGAUUCACAAUAAGGCGGCAAAUCCCAAAAUGGUCGAGGAUAAUCGCCAUCAGCACCGCUCGGAGCGGUAUCUUUUCGCCCGCGCCCAACUUCACAGCUUGGACGAGCGCUAUCCAAACGGCCCGAUGACGGCCGCGCAGAACAUCGGGUGGAAUAUCGGCAAAAAUAUCAACAAAAAUAAAAAUAAUUCGCCCACUUCACUCGGGGGAAUGACUGCGGUGGCGGAUGUCAAAAAACUUUACGGCCCCAGACAACUCAAAAAGCUCGCCGGAGGCUUUCGCAAACCGGAGGAUGAGGAUCACGCCUUUCUGCUCGGUUAUGACCUUAUCCCGAAAUGA